AUGGCGAACCCGCGCGUCUUCUUCGACAUGACGGUCGGCGGCGCCCCGGCGGGCCGGAUCGUGAUGGAGCUGUACGCCAACGAGGUGCCCAAGACCGCGGAGAACUUCCGCGCGCUGUGCACGGGCGAGAAGGGCGUGGGCAAGUCCGGGAAGCCGCUCCACUACAAGGGCUCCACCUUCCACCGCGUCAUCCCGCAGUUCAUGUGCCAGGGCGGCGACUUCACCCGCGGCAACGGCACGGGCGGCGAGUCCAUCUACGGCGAGAAGUUCCCCGACGAGAAGUUCGUGCGCAAGCACACGGCGCCCGGGGUGCUCUCCAUGGCCAACGCGGGCCCCAACACCAACGGCUCCCAGUUCUUCAUCUGCACCGUCGAGACCCCCUGGCUGGACGGCAAGCACGUCGUCUUCGGCCAGGUCGUCGAGGGCAUGGACGUCGUCAAGGCCAUCGAGAAGGUGGGCUCCCGCAGCGGCUCCACCUCCAAGGAGGUCAAGAUCGCUGACUGCGGCCAGCUCAGCUAG